AUGGCUGAAACACCGCCUUCCAUCAGAGAAAUAAGUGAGCCAAGCACAAACAGAAGUGCAGGGCCAGAUUACUUACAUAGUAGCUCAAGAAUUACUAACGAAGGAAAUUCUAACUAUGACAGUGCUGAAAACCCAGAUACUACAAUGCAUGAUAUUUCGGCCGCAAAGUCUGAUGAAUGCAUGGUGCAUGAAAAAACUAGCAACAACUCACGGGUUAGCAAGCGACAACGAACAAUUGCAGCUAUGUCUCAAUCUCCUGUUUCAAUAAGGGAAAUUGGUGAAACGAGUGCACAAGCUUUAAAGUCAUCUUCACCUGUAGUGCCUGGGCCUUGCUAUGAUACACCUGUAAUACUACAAACAGGGAAGAAAGGGAAAACUCAAACUAAAAGUGAGAAUCUCCGUUUACAUUCUAGAUUAACAUUCAAUUGCCGGGAAACAGAACCCCCUUCUGCUGCAGUUGGCCUUAAAUUACCAACAACACCUCUGAAACUGAAACCACCUCGCUUCUGUGCACAUUGCAAUGCUAAAAAAUUUCAGCAUGAAACACUUCACUUCUGCUGUAGAAAUGGGGCUAUAACAUUAGCCACUAAUGAAUACCCCCUUGCACUAUAUAGACUUUUAACAUCUAAUGACGAAGAUGCCUUGCACUUUAGAAGAUAUAUUCGCUUGUAUAAUAACUUAUUUGCAUUUUGCUCAUUUGGUGGUGACUAUAAAGCAAAAAAACAUAAAGGGAUUUAUGUCUUUAAAUUACAUGGCCAGAUUUAUCAUUACUUGCCUGAUUUAAUUCCUAAAGAUAUAGGCCCUCGCUAUUUACAACUGUAUUUUUAUGAUGGCCAUUUUGAGUCGACUGCUAGGACAGAGAGUUUCCCAGAAAUCAGGGCUGAUUUAAUAGCAAUCCUUAUGGAAGUAACUCAACAAAAUCCAUAUGCUCAAUUCUUUAGAUCAUUGAAAGAAAUUGACAUUCAUGAAGAGACACAAAUUAUUAUAAACAAAAACACUGUGCUUGACCAGCGUGUUUAUAAUGCUCCCACAACAGAUGAAGUGGCUGCAAUCUGGCCAGAUGAUACUUCAUCAAGUGAGUUAAAUGGACCAUACAUCACUAGUCAAGGUUUGAAGAAAAAUGAUGGGCAAGUGCAUCAACAGUCUCAAACAGACCCUGUUCUCUCUACAGCAGUGCAUACAGAGGAAGAUGUUAUUGCACAGGAAGCUUGUAGAUUAGCAGAUGCUGGUGGGACUUCAGCACGACAUGUUUCUCCACGUGAAUACUAUGCUUACAAAUUGCAAUGCCGCCCAAAUAACAUGCUGUUACGAGCAGGCCGCUGUCUUCAGCAAUACAUAGUUGACAUGUAUGUGAAGAUUGAAAACACUCGCUUAGAUUACUUCCGCCACAAUCAACAAAAAAUAAGAGAUGAUUUGUAUCAGAGAGUUUUGGAUUCCAUUCAAGAUGGUGAGACAAGUGCCAUUAAUAUUGGACGGCGGGUUAUUCUGCCACCGACUUUUAUCGGUGGCCCACGGGACAUGAAGCGGAGAUAUUUGAAUGCCAUGGCUUUGGUACAGCGCUUUGGAAAGCCCGAUUUGUUUGUUACAAUGACAUGCAAUGCAAACUGGCCAGAAAUUAAAGCUGAGUUGGCUCCUGGAGAAUUGGCUCAGAACCGGCCAGAUCUUGUUGCUCGUAUCUUUCGAGCAAAAUUGAUUUGCUUAAAGAAGCAGAUAAUGAAGAAGCAUAUCUUUGGAAAAGUGGCAACUAUGAUUUAUGUUAUUGAGUUUCAAAAAAGAGGGCUUCCUCAUGCACAUUUUCUCAUCAUCCUCAAGCCUAAUUACAAAAUGAAAACACCUUCAGAUUUUGACCACUUUGUUUCAGCAGAAUUGCCACCUCAUACUUCCCCACAACUUCGGAAAAUUGUAGUUAAACAUAUGAUGCAUGACCCUUGUGGAGAACAGAAUCUAAAGUGUCCAUGUAUGGUUACCAAGAAUAACAACAUUCUUUCGUGUAAGUAUGGUUACCCCAAGGGUUUUUUAGCUGAAACAACAAAUCAUGAUGAUGGGUACCCUAUGUACAGAAGAAGAGAUUCUGGAGAGCGAGUCCGCAUUCGAGGUGCAUACCUUGAUAACCGUUCAGUUAUUCCAUACAACCCAUAUCUGUCUGCAUUGUUUGAUUGCCAUCUAAAUGUAGAGAUAUGCUCAUCAAUUCAAGCUCACUUGCCAGUGCAUCUGGAAAACAUGCAGACAGUUCACUUACGGAAUAACGAGCAGUUGAAUUCUGAUGUGCUGAAUGAACGAAGGUCCAAAACGCAGUUGACAGAGUUCUUUAAAGCAAAUGCAGCCUCUGUUGAAGGUACGGGAUAUCUUUAUAGUCAAUUCAUAGAGCACAACAGAUGGGAUAGCAGUGCUAAAGCAUGGUUUCGAAGGCGAAAUAAGAACAAGGUUAUUGGCCGGCUGGCAACUGUCACACCAGCAGAAGGUGAGCGUUUUUUCCUAAGACUGCUUUUGAUUAAUGUGCUCAACCCAAAGUCAUUUAUUGACUUACGUACUGUAAACGGAAUGGUUUGUGCCACAUUUCAAGAAGCAUGUAUUCAAAGAGGUCUAUUUGAAGAAGACAAUGGUGUCUUCUCCUGCUUGUUUGAAGCAGCUGAGAUUCAUAUGCCAUCAGCCUUACGCCGAUUAUUUGCAGCAGUGUUGGUGUUCUGCAGACCACGAAAUCCAGAUGCACUGUGGUUGCAGUUCUACAAUGACUUGUCUGACGACUACCGACAUACUUUGCCUCGGAGUGAAAGACAGGUUAAGCUACUGACCAUUCAGUCAAUACAACGACAUUUAGAGUCUAUGGGAAAAUCACUGGCAAAAUCUAAAUGCAGCUCAGCAAAUUGCCUUCGAAAAAAUAAUUUCUCAUGUAAAAUUGUGCUUCCAACAGCAACUUCAGGCAUAGCUGCAGCAAACAUACCUUCAGGUAGGACAACACAUUCACGCUUUAAGAUCCCUCUUGAUUCUGAAAUUUCUCUUGUUUGUGAUGUGCCAAAACAAGGUAGCUUAGCUGCUUUGCUGAAAGAAACAACUCUAUUUAUUUUGGAUGAAGCUUCAAUGGCACUGAAGCAAAACAUUGAGUCUGUAGACCUUUUGCUCCGUGACCUGUGUGACCCAGCUUUUCCCUUCGGUGGGAAAGUCAUUGUAUUUGGAGGAGAUUUCAGGCAAGUCUUGCCAGUUGUUCCCCAAAAAACUCAAAGAGAGGCAGUUGCUACAAGCUUAGUAAAUUCACGAAUUUGGCCUUGGUUAGAGAAAAUGCACCUCACUGAAAACAUCAGAGCCAAAGAAGAUCCCACAUAUGCAUCAUUUUUGCUGAGUUUGGGCAAUGACUUUUCACCAGAUAUUUUUAGAGAAAGAGCCAUUCUCACACCAUUAAAUGAUGCAGUGGACUCUAUCAACGCUUUUCUCAUUGAUAAAUUCCCAGGGGAAACAGCUAUUUACAGGAGUUUUGAUAGCAUACUAGAUAAUAACUGUGCAAUAUACCCUACUGAGUUCCUGAAUCAGCUAGCUCCAAGUGGCAUGUCUCCGCAUGAACUUGUUUUGAAAGUAAAUAGUCCUGUCAUCUUGCUUAGAAACAUUGAUCCAGCAGACGGCCUGCGCAAUGGUACUAGGCUGAUAUGCAAGUAUUUCAGAAGAAAUGUCAUUGUUUGUUCUAUAGCUCUUGGUCAUCGCCAGGGAGAACUUGUGUUCAUCCAUCGUGUAAACCUUCGGCCUCCGUCAUCAACCAAAUUCCCGAUUCAAUUUGAACGGAUACAAUUCCCUCUUAAGCUCAGUUUUGCAAUGACCAUUAACAAAGCACAAGGGCAAACAUUAAGCCAAGUUCCGAGCCAAAAAUCCAACAAAGUGACUGUUAUCACUCCACAACCUACUGGAAAAUACACAGGAACAGUGCUCAAGAACAUCGUUGCUUAUGAUGUUCUAAAGUUAUCUGUGCUUAUUCAUUGCUGGUUCUAUCAAUACUCACCUGCAUUUUCAUUUGAACAAGUAUCUACACUACUUCCCUAUAUCAUUGUAUGCAUUCUUAUUGCUGGAUUCAAUUUGUAUUCACAAGCUGCAAUAUAG